GAUUCCAGACAGCCUACAAUUUUCUAUUAUUUGCGCCAACUUGGAAGCUGAGAAAUCAAUAACGUGCGUAUCAUUCUAUUCUAGUCUUUCAAUGUGGAAACAAAACGAAUAAUCAUGCUAGAUAAUUUUUUACGAGAGUACAAUAUCAAUCGAAUAUUUUUGUCGACCGUAGGUCUUUGGCCGUUUCAAAAUAAACUUGUAAGAAAUUUCUUACGAAUUUUCUUCUUUCUGCUCGAAAUAAGUUAUUGGCUCUUCGAGAUAAUGUUGAUAUAUAAUCAUUGGGAUAAUCUACAAAUAGUUUUCGAUGGCAGUUAUCAACUUGUGAUGUCGAUAUCUUUCGUUGGUAGGAUAGGCAAUGAGUUUUGGAAUCACGACAAGUUGCGACGGUUGUAUAAAGCUAUUGACGAGCAUUGGAACAUAUUUACGAAUGAUGUGGAAGUUCAAGUCAUGAAAAAUUAUUCUAUGGUAUCACGAAAAUUUACAAAAUGUUACUCAAUGUUAAUGUUUUCCAUAGCAUUGAUAAUGGUAGCAGUACCAUUAACACCAAUAUUACUAGAUAUUGUGAUACCUCUUAACGAAUCACGUUUGCGAUUCUUUGCGAUCGAAGUUGAUUUCAGAGUGAGCAACAAUGAAUACUUUUUACCAAUUUAUUGCUAUACUUCCAUUCUAAUUCUGGUAGGUGUAAACGUCGUAAUGGGUGUCGAUGCAAUGCAUGUUGCAUGCGCCGCUCAUGCGUGUAGUUUAUUUGUCGCUAUCAACUGGAAGAUAAAAUUUACGUUUGUAUUCACAGCAUGUCUUGUGAGUUUGAUGAUUGUAUGCUAUUCUGGUCAAAGAUUAAUGGACGAAAGUCAGAGCAUAUUCUAUCGAGCAUAUGCUGCAGAAUGGUAUAAGUUCUCGCCUAGACUAAAAUCUUUAUUGAUAAUAACUCUUUACAGAACUAAUGUACCGUGUAGUUUAAACGCAGGUAAUAUGGUUCCGCUAUCGAUUGCAACCUACGUGACGGUAUUACGAAUCGCCACGUCUUACUUUACAACAUUUAUAUCUUUCAAAAAAUGAUUACUGGAUUUUCAACUAACUUUUCACUGAUUCAUUGUA